AUGUCGUUCAAACAGUCAUCACUGACGACGUUUUUCAGUAGAAAUGACCGCAACAAAGACAAAGAAUCUCAAAGUCCUCCUGUUGAUUCUUCGGCUAUGGCAACUAACGUUCAGUCUGAGCAAUCGGCAUCUGUUUCGCAGAUAUCGUCGAGCUACAAACUUGACAAAGUUGAUCCUAUCAAACUCAUCCACAAAACUCUGUUGGACGAUGAACGCCAGCAAAUUUUGGAACAUAAAUGGGUACCAGAUAAGAAGUUUGAAUAUCCUCAAAAUACUACAGGUAGAUGCUAUAGUAGUAAAUGGGAAGAUACACGACCGUGGCUACGAUGUUCGCUUUCAGAUGACAGCGCCUUUUGUGCGUAUUGCAUUGCAUUUCCGGCUACAGUAUCUGAGAAAAAUCCAGAAUUUAUAACGGUUGGUUUUCGAGAUUGGAAAAAUGCUAAAGGAGAAACACGAGGUGCAUUAGAAAGGCAUGCCAAAUCCGACAGGCACAAGACUGCUCAAGAGAAGAGCGAAAUGUUUUUGAUGACAGUUAAGGGAGAAAGUAUUCCCGUGACCGAAAGUAUAAGCAAGGCUUAUCAGGAAAAUGUUCAGAGGAACAGAGCUUGUUUAAUGUCAGUUAUAGAUGUUGUUAUACAGCUCGGACAGAGAAACAUUCCUUUUCGCGGUAACUGGUCAAAAGAGCUAGGAAAAGAAGAUGGUAACUUCCAAUAUUUUAUUGAUUGGAAAGCACAGUUUGAUGAUGUACUUAAUGUACACCUAUCUACUGCCAAACAUAAAUACCUUUCUCCGAAAGUUCAAAACGAAUUCAUUCGUAUCUGUGAAUUAGAAAUACGAGAAGCUAUCAGAAAUCGGUGUGCAGAGUCGCAAUUUUUUAGCAUAAUGGUCGACGAGACCACAGACGUGGCUGAAAAAGCACAACUGGCUAUUUGUGUGAGAUAUGUAAAUCUAGAAAAGAAUAGCUACCAGGUUAACGAGGACUUUUUGGGAUUCGUUGAAGUGGCGCAAACAGACUCAGAAACAGUCUGCAAUACAGUUUUGCACAAUCUUGGCGCGGAAUGGGGAUUCGACCUGACAAAGUUGCGUGGACAAGGUUAUGAUGGAUGCGCAACGAUGUCUAGUGAGGUUUCAGGGGUGCAAAAAAGAAUCAAAGAUGACUAUCCGGAAGCAAAAUACUUUGUUCAUUGCAACUCGCACCGCCUGAACUUAGUUAUAGUAAACACUUGUAAUAAGGUGGUAGAGGCAAGAAACAAUCUUACAAUACUUGGUAAAAUUACAUGGUUUAUAUGUGGCGUGAGCAAACGCAAAGCUAUCUUGAUGAACGAGGUGAAAGAAGGAAGCAAAGAGUUGGAUUUCGACCUUCUGUACGAAAAUGAAGAUGUCCUCUUUGAAUCUGCGAUGAGACAGAACAUGAUGCCGAAACCAUCCGACACCCGAUGGACUUCAAGGGUAGAUACACUAUCUUGGGUCCUAACGCAUUAUAAAUCUCUCAUCAGCGUUCUGGAAAUCGUGCAGUCGAGAUCUAAAGGCCAGGCUGCAGCUGAUGCUUCAUCAUACCACGCCGUCUUACUGAAGUUCGAUUUCAUAGUUGUUGCAGUGAUUCUGCAAUACACUCUUGGAUAUAUAUACACCCCCUUUCAAUUCUGCCACAGUCGGAGUCUUGCGACCUAG